GAAGGAAACCAAAUAAGCGAAUGCCCAACAAAAUUCUUCACCUGCUGCUUCCGUCGUCGUCUUCGAUUCGAGCGGCGGCGCGGCUGUGAAGUAAGCGGGCGAGACGAGACGAGGGAUCAACCUCGAUGGGGAAGCAGAAGGGCCGCGCGUCCAGCAGCGGCAUGGCGGCGUCGCUGGUACCGCACGCCCAUGGCGCCGUCCCCACCGUCGGUUUCGGCGGCUACCAUGGCGCCGUCCGUGUUGAGCCCGCUGCGCCCUCCGACCCAGACGCCCCGAUUCGCCUUACCCCAGAUGUGGAUGGUGAAGUACUCCAGAACCUAAAGAGGCUGGGAAGGAAAGAUGCAACAACAAAGAUCAAGGCCUUAUCUACUCUCUCUAUACUCUUUGGACAAAAACCUUGUGAGGAAGUUGUGCAGAUUGUUCCACAAUGGGCAUUUGAGUACAAGAGGCUGCUACUUGACUAUAACAGAGAAGUUCGCCGUGCUACUCAUGAGGCCAUGUCUAGCCUCAUCACAGCAGUUAGGAAAGGUAUAGCACCGCACCUGAAGUCUUUAAUGGGUCCUUGGUGGUUUUCUCAAUUUGAUCCUGCUCCUGAGGUUGCUCAAGCUGCCCGACGUUCGUUCGAGAGAUGAUGCAUCAAGCCUAGGACUUUUGACUCAGUGGAAAAGGUUUUUCACCACUGCACCAGGCAGCAUUCCCACAGUCAGAUAGAAGACUGGAUGCAUUAAUGUUAUGUGUGAAGGAAACAUUUCUUUACCUAAAUGAGAACUUGAAGCUAACACCACAAGCUUUGUCUGACAAGGCUAUACCAAUGGAUGAACUGGAAGAUAUGCAUCAGAGGGUAAUGUCAUCAUCACUGUUAGCUAUGGCAACUCUUAUAGAAAUUUUACUAGGAGUGAAAUUGCAAAGUUGUGAUGGUGAGAGUACCAAUACUGAAAACAAAAAUAUGUCAAAAGUUAGGUCAACUGUACUUUCUUCUGCUGAAGCUGCAUUUUGUAUGCAUAAAUGUUUUCUUGACGUCCUCAAGUCAAAAAGUUCUGUUAUACGGUCAGCUACAUACUCACUGCUUACAAGUUACAUCAAACAUGUUCCUCAUGUUUUUGACGAAGAAACCAUGAAGAAACUUUCCCCAACUCUACUUGGUGCAUUCCAUGAGAAGGAUGCGUCAUGCCACUCUUCUAUGUGGGAUACAAUUCUUGUUUUCUCUAGAAAGUUUCCAGAGGCUUGGUCAUAUUGUAAUAUUCACAAAGUUGUCCUCAGUCGGGUUUGGCAUUUCCUACAAAAUGGAUGUUAUGGGUCCAAACAAGUUUCAUAUCCUCUUCUAGUUCAGUUUUUGGACUCUAUGCCACCUAAAGCAGUCAUGGGACAACAAUUUGUUUUUGAUUUUUUGCAUAAUCUUUGGGCUGGAAGGAACCAGAGGCAGUUAUCAGCUGCUGAUAGUUUGGCUUUCUGUGGUGCCUUUAAACAGAGUUUUUUGUGGCUUCUAAAAAAUGCAUCAAGAUAUUCUACUGGAGAUUCUUCAGAUGAUGUACCCAUCAAGCUUAUAACUGAUGUACUUGCCAAAAUAGUUUGGCGUGACUACCUUUUAUUGUCUGGAGACACAAUUGGUGGCGGUGUUCUCUUAUCUCGUAAAACUUCAGGGUUAGCUGCGAACAUGCACUACCCAACAUACUAUCUUCAGGAUUUGAAGAAAUGCAUCACUGAAAUACUGGAUGUGAUUGCAGAUACAGAAAAUCAUUUACUUAAUAUUUCUUGUCAGUCGCUGUUAAGUGACUGUUUGGACAUAAUUCAACAAGGAGAGAAGCUUUCCAAGUUUCAGAAUCAUGUAGAACAACUUGUGUCGUUCUUUCUAUCUUUGGAUCAAAUUGUUGUAUGCAAAGGUGAAUUAUGGCCACUGGAAAGGUUAGCAAAACCAUUGGUUGAGCAAUCUUUGCCAGCUAUUAAGUUCAUGGACACUCCAUGCCUUGUUAAACUUCUUUCAGUUUUGGUUGAAAUAUUUGGGCCCACCCCCUUAUUUUUUAAGACUUGUAAGGAAAAUGAUGAAAAGUUGGAUAUCAAGUCUUAUCUGGAGUUUUUCAAUGAUGAAUUGCUCCCUUGGUGUUUGGAUGGAAAAUAUAGCACCUGUAACUCAAAGAUUGAUUUGUUACUUUCCUUAUUUCAAGAUGAAUCCUUCUUUGACCAAUGGUGUUCCAUCAUCAAAUGUACGACAACUGAACAAAAGCAGUCCGUUGAUGAUAAGACCUCAAAUAUUCUGGGACGAUAUGAAUUGCUUACACUGUUACUUCAGAAAAUCAGAGAAAAGAUUGCUGGGGGGAAGCUAAGAAAUUUGCAGGAAAAUGGUUAUCUUCUGCAACAUUUGCGUCUUGAUAUAUUAGAUUCUACUGCAGCUUCUGUCCUCUGUGAUUUGCCUGCUUCAGAUUGCCAAGUUAGUUUUAUAUGUGCUGCACUUGGUGGCGCAGAUCAAGAGGACCAAAUCUGCUUCCUUUCUCCUGAGACAGUUUGUAAAAUUCUCGGAUCCAUUUUAAAGAAUUUGGCAUUGGUACUCAAAACAUCAACUUUUGAAUGGGCAAGGUUAGCACAUUCUUUGUUGCCUGCUGAACCUGAGCACUUGAUGGUUCCAGAAGAAAAUUCCUCAAUAAUUAACUUCGAGAUGGCUCGGAUUGCCUUUAAAGUUCUUCAGGGUAGCUUGUUUUCACUUUGGAGACUUGAGGAAAAUUCUGUAUUUCCUUCUAUUCUGGCUGCUCUUUUUGUCAUUGAAUGGGAAUGUAGCAUGUCUUUAGCUCUUGAUGAAGAGAAGUGUUUGGAAAGUAAUAUAGAAGAUACGGAAGUUGGUGUUUCUAUGUGCAGCAGUUCAAAAGGUUGUUUGGAGGAGGAAAUGCAUUUGAAGGUUAACCUUGCAGAAAGCAUACAUGUUUUUUGCCAAAGCUUAAGUCCAUCCUUUUGGGAUAAUCUUCACUCAUGCACAUUGAAUAGAUUGGCAACUAUUCUACCUCAGUGUGUCAGGUAUGCUGUAUUUCAGACAAGAGACUUGCAUGCGGAAAGGACAUCAAUCUUAUGUUCCGAGUGGGUGGUGGACAUGUUGAAGCUCACCUGUCUCGAUCACAGAAACUUGGAAAGUUUUUUUGAUGUUUUAUUAUCUGAGGGGGAACAUUGGCCGCUCUGGUUGAUGCCAUCUUUACAAAAUGGACAUUUAUCUGUGAAGGUCCAGCUGGAUCCAGAUAUUACAGAUGAAAUUGAACUCAAACACGAGCGAUUUGUUGCCUUUGUUGAUAGGCUUAUUCUCAAACUUGGCUUUAGUGAAGUGGUUUUAGGUAUUCCAGGAAAUAUACAGUCUGCCACAUCACAAUCAAUUGAUAUCACUUCACCUGUCUCUUCCUUGUCCAGAGUAUGGGUGGCUGGUGAGGUCCUUUGCACUUGGACAUGGAAAGGGGGCUGUGCAUUGAAAACAUUCUUACCUUUGCUGGUUCAGUACAUGAAAGACGAGUCAUAUCUUGAGAUCAACAUUGUGCCAUUGUUGCUUGAUACACUGUUAGGUGGCGCCCUUAUGCAUGAUAGUGGUCCGUGGGUACUGUUUAAUGCUUGGCAUCUUUCUGACAACGAGAUCGAUAAAAUUCAAGAUCGUUUUCUUCGUGCUCUUGUGGCUUUGUUAUUUACUAUUAAUACAAAUGAUUGUCUCUGGAGAGAAUCUGAUGCACUUGUAUUUUUUGAGCAACUGCUGAGCAAUCUUUUUAUUGGCUCAUCAGUUAAUAGAAAAUGCCUGAAGAUUCUACCCUAUGUUAUGACCUCCAUCAUAAAACAGUUCUCAGCCUUGAACAACGGAGAUUCUUCGUAUGCUGAUUUGGUGCGGAAAAGCAUACAGAGUUGGCUUGAUGCAACCAUUUCUUGUCUGUCAUCAAGCUCAAGGGAGGUACCUGUGCAAGAUAUUGAGGACUGGAUGCAAGUGGUGUUGUCUUGCUUCCCAUUGAGGAUAACUGGAGGAGCCCGGGAAUUGGUAGCUGUGGUUGAGCGAGAGAUCAGUGAUACAGAAAGAUCACUGAUGUUGACUCUGUUUCAGAAAUACCAGAUUUUCUAUGGUAGUACAGCUUCAUCAUUGGUCACUAGUGGAACUGCCGUAUCAACGACAGUUGAAUUACUGGGAGUGAAACUGACAGCUGUUUUGGUUGGUUAUUGCUGGAGCAACCUUAAGGAGAAUGAUUGGCAUUUUGUGUUCCGCAUGGUAUUCAAAUGCAUUGAAUCGUCUGUUUUGCUUGUGGAAGAAAUGACUGAUGGCAUAAAUGAUGCCACAAUAAACCAGGUAUCAAGUGAAGAUGCCUUGGAGAAGCUUAAAUUAGUGGUUGGCACUACAGAUAAGUUAACAUUAAGCCUUGCAGAAUCUGCUUUGGUUACAAUGUGUCAGCUCAACCAUCUUUGUAAUAUCCAAGAAGCAGAAAACUCCCAGUGUGUACAGCUUAUUAAAUCAGGGGACUAUGCUGAGAGUAAUGACAAGAUGGUAGAGAGUGUCCUCCGUUUGUUCUUGGCCUCUGGUGUUUCAGAGGCAAUCACAAAAUCUUGCAGUGAAGAGGCUUCGUCUGUCAUAGGUUCUAGUCGCCAUGCUUAUUUGCACUUUUGGGAACUUGUGGCAUCAUUCAUAAAAAAUGCUCCACUGCAAAGUAGAAAGUCUGCACUUGAGUCCAUGGAACUGUGGGGACUGACCAAGGGUUCAGUCAGUGGACUAUAUUCGAUUCUUUUCUCCUCACAACCAAUAUUUCACUUACAACUUGCAGCUUUCUCUCUACUUCUCUCUGAGCCCUUCUGUCAACUUUCACUGGUUAAAAAUUAUUCAAUGGGAGAAAGUUGCUCAUCUGCUCAGCAAUCUGGCACAAGCCAAAGUGCUGAGUUGAUGCCAGAUUCAGACAAGACAGUGCAUCUAAGAGAGGAACUUUCAGACUUAAUCGAGUUCCCAACAUCUGAACUUCUCAAAACUGAUCUGACAGCUCGAGAUAGGGUUGAUGUAUUCAUUGCCUGGUCAUUGUUGCUGUCCCACCUGCAAACACUACCAGCAUCUUCCAGUAUCAAGGGAGAUGUGCUUCAAUACAUACAAGAAAAGGUCAGUCCGUGCAUAUUGGAUUGCAUUUUCCAGCAUAUCCCAGUAAAGGCCGCUGCACCGAAUGGGAAGAAAAAGGAUACCGAGCUAGCGCCUGAAGCAGAAGCUGCUGCCAAAGCUUCGAAGAAUGCCAUAGCUACUUGUUCUUUGCUUCCGUACUUGGAGUCUCUUUGGCCCAUCGGGACUUUGCAGAUGGCCUCACUUGCAGGCUCACUGUACGGGAUGAUGAUUAGGCUGCUGCCUUCUUUUGUGCGCACAUGGUUUACUACCUUGAGAGACCGUUCAUUGUCAUACUCAAUCGAGUCCUUCACCAAACAAUGGUGCAGCCCUCCUCUUCUUCUAGAUGAGUUUUCUCAGGUUAAGGAGUCCGUAUACGGCGAUGAGAAUUUCUCGGUUAGCGUCAACAGGUCGGCUUUCGAGAUCGUUGCUACAUACAAAAAGGAGGAGACAGGAAUCGACCUUGUCAUACGCCUCCCGAGCUGUUACCCUCUGCGCCACGUUGAUGUCGAAUGCACGAGAAGUUUGGGUAUCAGUGAAGUCAAGUGCAGAAAAUGGCUGCUUUCGCUCACGUCAUUCGUCCGCAGCCAGAAUGGCGCGAUAGCAGAGGCGAUCCGCACGUGGAAGAGCAAUUUCGACAAGGAGUUUGAGGGCGUGGAGGAGUGCCCAAUCUGUUACAGCAUUCUCCACACCAGCAACCACAACCUGCCGCGGCUGGCGUGCAAGACGUGCAAGCACAAGUUCCACGGCGCCUGCCUCUACAAGUGGUUCUCCACGUCCAACAAAUCGACUUGCCCGCUGUGCCAGACUCCGUUCUAGUCCUAGCUCUAGACACAUGCUUGUUUGUUGGCACCACACCGUUCGAUCCUUCGAUGUAAAUGGCGUGUGUACGCAGCGCAGUGUUCAGCGUUUUGGCUGUUAAAUACUCUCGAAACAGGACGGGACCUGCAGAGACUGAGUUCAGAGGUCUUAUAAUCUACAAUUACCGUGGAUUCGCUAGAUUA